UUUAAUUUUAUCAAGAAAAAUCAAAAGUGAAGAAAUGUCGAACCAAGAAAUGUGUAACAAAACUUCAGUAGAGCCUAGAGAGCAUGUUGGCCCAGUUAGCACCUAUUUCCAGCGAUCUCUGGAUUCGAGGAAGCACCAUAUGAGACCUCGAACAAAGUCUCCUUUCCCUCCUUUGAAGAGGAAGGUGUCUCACAAUAUGGGUAGUUUGGUUAAGCAAAACGAGAGCUUCAGCACAGCCAUUGACAAAUAACAUUAUUGAGAUUUGUAGUGACACAAAGCUCAGCCCUGAAACCUCAAUGCUUACCAAUUACAAGAUGCUCAGCUAUGAUGACCCUGCAUGGAAAGAAUUUGCUAAAAAUAAAAAAGGCAAAGACAGGGAUAGGGACCUAGGAGGCUCCAGAGGAACCACCCAACAAUCAAAUCCUUUCUCUGAUUCCACAAACAAAAGACACUGAUUUUCAAUCGACAAAAGCACUAGAGAAUUUUGAGACAUGAGUGCUCCCACAAGUGCGAACUCCCUCAAAAUAGGCAUGAACAGGCGCAGCAGAGUAGGUUCCCAGAACAUCAGAGUCAAGCCAUUCGUCAGGAAGGAGACUUGACUUCCCAUUAAAAUUGAACUGAAUAAAUCCUUCAUCAACUGGAAAGCAGUCGCACUGAACUCAAAUGAUCUCUCACAAAAUGAUAAGGAGAAUUUAGGGUUCUCUCCACCAUGUCAUGAGAAAGAAGUCAUUAGAGCGGGGCCUGUCAAAGCUUCAAGAGCCUUCUCCCAUGAGACUGGCAGGAAGCUUUACAAGGAUAUCAUCUCUGAAUUCAACCCAGCAAUUUCUCGUGCAGCUUUGGAUAGCCUUCCAAAGAAAUGAUUCGACCCAGCGAAUAUCUCCAGAAGUCUUAACAGACAAUAUGGGGUUGCUACUAGAGACCUGAGCUCGAGCUCAAAAGGACCCUUAAGCAAUAAAACUUCUAAAAUCUUAAACGAGAAUGCACGCCAGUGCAAGUACAGGUCUGAUUACGUAAAUUACUCGAAGUACAAGAAACAGCAGUCUAUUCGGCUCUAUGGCAACAGUGUUAGUUAUGGACCUAACUAUUCCAUAAAUAAUCUGACCAACAAUAGUUUUAAAGAGGAGAACUCAAAGUCUGCUAAAAGAGCUCCACAUAUUUUAGAAGAGAGCCAUCGGGAUCAUAGCCAGAUCAUUAUGAAGGGUCGCAAAGUUGCUGGGCUAGCCCCCAUCCAAGCAGGCAUCCAUGUCAGGCCCAAAGAGAGUUCCCUACCAAAAUGAAAAUGUGAGCCUCGGAAUAGGAUUAAGAUCUCUCGAUGUGGUGCUAAGAUACCUUUUCUCACCUCCAAAAAAUGCCAGAAAAACUGAUGAAAUCGGAAGAAUCUGAAUUUAAAAACAACUAAAUGUCCUUCAGAAAAAUAUCAAAAUUUGAGCUGAAUUAAUAUAAAAAAUACUUCAAAAUUGGUCAAUAAUCUACCAAAAAGUAUGGACACAAGUGCGGCUGCGUCUGACUGACAAGUUGAUGAUAUUAACCCGUCAUAUUACCUAACUUUUGGGUCAAGAAUCUAACCUAUUUGAGCAUCUUUAAAUAAUAACGACUAAUUCAUACAUUUCGAAGA